GGCUGUGGAGGUGUGUGCCUGUACUGUUACAUACUUGGGUGCUGAGGCAAGAGAUAGCUUGAGCCCAGGAGGUCAAAGCUGCAGUGAGCCGUGAUUGUGCCAUUGCACUCCAGCCUGGGUGACAAGUGAGACCCUGUCUCAAAAGCAAAACAGAAAAAAGAAUAUUGCUGCUUGUUUGCCCCAUGAGGUAUAUUUCUUCCAUUUUAUGAAAGGCAUUUUGACAAUACAUUAACAUUUAAUAAACUUUAGAUUAAAAUGUAUAGUGUGAGCAACGUGCCAUUUCAAAUCCAUAGACUUGUUUCUUCCAUACUCUUGCUGCAGAUCACAGUGAGGGCUGUGGAAGCAUAUAUGUUAUAGAGAAAAGAAUCAAAAUCAUUUAAGGUCUUUUUUCCAAACUAGUGUUUCUCUCCCACAUCCCAACAACUCUUGGAAGUCUGGUGCUCCUGCUUGGUGAAAAUCAUUUGCUGGCUUAUGGAGUCACUGUUGCUGAGUUCCAUCCCCCAGUUACAGUGCAGUGGAAAACAUUUGGAAUCCAGAAGUUGUAUGUUGUCACUGGUUAUAUUCUAAAUAGGUUAGAACCAUGGAAAAGACUGCAAAUGGUAGUUUAUUCUAGAUAUGCAGUUGCACAUAUGUAUGUAUAUGUAAUUUUAAAUGAAUUUUUGAAUAUGAAUAUAGGCUUUUGUUUUUGAUACAGUCUCACUCUUGCUCAGGCUGGAGUGCAGUAGCGCAAUCAGCUCACUGCAACCUCUGCCUCCUGGGUACAAACGAUUCUCCUGCCUCAGCCUUAUGAGUUACUGAGAUGACAAGUGUGUGCCACCACACUGGCUAAUGUUUUAUAUUUUUAGUGGUGAUGGGGUUUCACCAUGUUAGCCAGGCAGGUCUCGAACUCCUGACUUCAAAAUCCUGCCUUGGUCUCCCAAAGUGUUGAGAUUACAGACAUGAACCACCAUGCCCAGCUUGCUUAAUUCUUGAUUAAUCUUGUCCACUUUCAUUAUUUUGAGGAUCAAGCAUUUUGAAGUAUUCAAUGUCUGUGACUCGUCUUUGAUGGGUACUGAAUUUCCUGGGAGUGAAUUUAGAUACCCUGAGAUAUAAUACAUGAAAGAAAAAGCCAGAAAUACUUGAGAAUGUUACUAGAUUAGACACUUCAUGUGAAAAUAUCUCUUUUUGUGACCCCAAACUCUUCUUUUUUUUUUGAGGUGGAGUUUUGCUCUUGUUGCCCAAGCUGGGGUACAAUGGUGGGAUCUUGGCUCACCACAACCUCUGGCUUCUGGGUUCAAGCGAUUCUCCUGCCUCAGCCUUUUGAGUAGCUGGGAUUAACAGGUAUGUGCCACCACACCUGGCUUAUUUUGUAUUUUUAGUAGAAACAGUUUCUUCAUGUUGGUCAGGCUGGUCUCGAACUCCUGACCUCAGGUGAUCUGCCUGCCUCAGCCUCCCAAAGUGCUGGGAUUACAGGCAUGAGCCACUGUGCCCGAUCCCAAAACUCUUCUUAAAGGUGAUCUUGCAGGUACGUUAUAGUUAAAAAUGAAGUAAGUUGUCUUGCUUUGUUCUUAAGUGGCUCUCUGGAAGUCUUAACUGGUGUAAAGGCAGUCUUAUCCCCUUCACUGGUGUAUAGUUGAAUUCAGACCUUAAUGAGAGGUUUGGGUUUAAAUCUCAUCUCUGCCACUUACAAUCAGUGUAUCCCUUAACAAUUAAAUUAUUUAGUCUCCAUUUUCUUCCUCUUUCAGGAAAGGCUAAUAUUUCACAAAGUCAGAAGAUUACAGGAGAGAGGAAGAAUAGUAAAUGCCCAAAAAUGAGGUGGUUACUUCUAUUACAUCCUUGAAGGAUAGAUGGCUUAUAGCAGAUCAGGUAGUUGGGAGAUUUCUUAAAAACGGUAUAAUAGCUAACAUGAACGCUUUCAUUAUUCAGAGAAAUUUGGCAUUAAUUUUUAAUGUAUAAUUCAUUUCUGAUAAAAGUUACUAGUUAUUCACUAGUUAUAUUGUCUUCCUCUCUUAUACUAGAUAGCAUGAAGGAAAAAAAAGUGACAUUCCCCUUCCCCCAAAGCAGAGUGAGGUCCAUAUGGGACAUAGGUGUCAAGAAAAUUUGGGGCCGGGUGUAGUGGCUCAUGCCUGUAAUCCCAGCACUUUGGGAGGCUGAGGUGGGUGGGUUAUUUAAGAUUAGGAGUUUGAGACUAGCCUGACCAACAUGGCGAAACCGUGUCUCUACUAAAAAUGCAAAAAUUAACCAGCCAUGGUGGCACAUGGCUGCAAUGUCAGCUAUUUGGGAGGCUGAGGCAGAAGAAUUGGGAGGCAGAGGUCACAGUAUGCUGGGAUCACACCACUGCACUCCAGCCUGGGCGACAGAGCAAAACUCUGUCUCAAAAAUAAAAUUUUGUGGAACACAUAUUUUCUCACUUACAUGAAAAAUGUUUCAAAGAUGAGUACUGUUCAUCAAGCCAUGACAAUGGAAGUGAGGAUAAUGGAUUGCACAACUGUUUGCAACCUCACUGUUAGUAUCCUGCUUGGAUAGUUGGUCUCAUCACUGUAGCAUCUUUUAUGUACAGCAGAGGGCAGAAGCUCCUUGGCAUGUUUGUGAGGGAACCACAUAAAUGGCUGAUUUUCCUGAGAAAGGAGGAUGUACAAACACUCACAGAAUAAAGCCUUUGUAAAGGAAAGGCAGCUGAUGAGAUGGAGUGCUUCCAUCAUCGGCAGUGGGUCUGUAGUCACGAACUCUCCCACUCACAAUCACUUUUUGUAGCUACUGGACACACUAGGCAUCUGAUCUUGUUUAUGAUGUCAUAACCAUAUUCUGUCCCCGUUUAUUGCAGUUCUCUGGUUAGUCUGGAGUGUUUGUAAGUUAGUCUUCAUAGUGGCAGCUCCUGCCUGCUACAGGACAUUUAUAUAUGAGAGCAUGAGUGCUGGAAAUAUGGUGUCAGCUUACACAGUUGCUUCAGCCAAAUAAGGGCAGUAACUUCAGUCCAAUAAAAGCCUCAUCGGUUACCAACUAAAUCAGGCAUGGUAUUUUUUUUCUUUUUAAAGCAUGGUUUUAGUAAUAUAUUUACUGAAAAACUUAGACAUUAUGAAAAAAGUCAGGAUUUGGAAUCUUACACUGCUUGGCUAAAUUAACACUAAAUAUAGACCAACAGUUUCAUGCUGGGGCUUAUGGGCCUCACAGGAGCACCGUAUGCUGAAGAAAGGCAAAGAAAGAACUACAGAAUUUGUAGAAAAGUUCUGUUGUAGUCGCUUCUGAACAAUUCGUUUUUUGUUUGUUUUGUUUUGUUUUCUGGUAACCUAGCAGUCAAAGCUCACAUUUUUGGACAAUGACUCAGUCUUCCCAGGACACUGGCUCUUGUGGCAUUCAGGAAGAUGGAAAGCUUUAUGUGGUGGAUUCCAUAAAUGACUUAAACAAACUAAACCUCUGUCCAGCUGGAUCACAGCAUCUGUUCCCUCUAGAGGAUAAAAUCCCUGUCUUUGGCACAAACUCAGGAAAUGGAAGCCGGAGUCUGUUUUUUGUGGGACUGCUGAUUGUGCUGAUUGUCAGCCUGGCACUGGUUUUUUUCGUGAUAUUUCUAAUAAUUCAAACUGGAAACAAGAUGGAUGAUGUGUCCAGAAGACUAACAGCUGAAGGAAAAGACAUAGAUGAUCUUAAGAGAAUCAACAACAUGAUUGUAAAGCGACUCAACCAGCUGGACCCUGAACAGAACUAAAGAAAUGAUUUUCUGAGAGCAGCUGCUAACACCUUGAGCUUCUUACUUUCCUGGGAGUGUACAGGGUUAGGAACUGAGAAAGUGCACUUCUUCAGGAAACAGAUAAUCUGGUCAGGGAACCCAGCUCUGGGGCCCUCUUUCUGCAGCAGGGUGGGAGCAACUCCAAAGCAGGUGGAUGUGGGAAUAGCAACUAGAAAGGGGCGAACUUGUCUCAGCCCCAUUUCAUGGUAGGGCACUUCAACUUGAAUUGGGUUUUUGGUGGGUGCCUAGUAGGGAGGAGAACCAACAGAAAGCAAGAGAACUUGACUAUGUACGUACAACUUCUUACAGAAGGAGCUUUGCUACCAGAACAAAUUCACUUUGUCGAUGAGGUUCAUGACACCUCAUGCACCUUUACCGAUGCCUGGGAGAGCCUGAGAAAUUCAUUGAGUUCUAGAUGUUGAAGGGAACCAGGUGAUUACUCUUUUCAAUAAAAGGGAUUCUGCUCAGGUGAUUAGACUUUGACUCUAUUUUCCCAGGGACAGCAAUGGGUGGGCCUCAAAGCUAGUUGCUGUCUAGUGUUUGCUGGUGAAAACAUGAGCAGUAGUUAUGUGGGGUUGGGGUCAAAAGGGAAAGCCUAAUUAAUUUAAUGUUUAUUAAGCUCCUACUCUGUGCAAAUUACUCUAGAGGAGCUUACUGAGUGUGCAGGAUAAAGAAAGGAGAUGGAUAGUUACAUAUAAUUAUAUAAGCUUUGUUUACCUUGUUUCUCAUGAAAAAACCCCUUUGGUACCCUGCUGAUUGAUUUGGAAGAAAUCUGAUAGAUUUGUGGCCUUUGCUAAACCACACUAGGAAAUUAUGUAGUUAGAAUAUUUGGAACCUGUAUUAAUUUCACGAAUGAAAGUAAGGCACACAGCAUAUGACAUAGAUGCAGUGUGAAAUAAAUGAGUUUGAAAAGCAUAUGAGUCUUAGAAAAUAUUUUAUGUAAUAUAAAUAUAUUCUACCAGUCAAUUGAAGAAUGUACUGUGGUUCUAUCAUUUUGGCUUGAUCAAAAACAUUUGGGUUUACUAGGAUAUUAAACAUUCCUAACAGUAAAUAGUUAAUGAAAUAAACAAUACAUUUUGCUUAUCCA